AUGAGCAAUAAGUCACGAGCGAGUUCUGCCAAGGAGCGUAGCGUCUUCGUUGGAAACAUUCCAUACGAUGUAACCGAAGAAAUGCUAAAGGAAAUAUUCUCGGAGGCAGGGUCUGUCGUGAAUUUUCGCCUUGUAACCGACCGAGAGACGGGCAAACCCAAAGGUUACGGUUUUUGUGAAUAUGCCGACGGAGCAACAGCUUUAAGUGCUAUGCGGAAUCUCAAUGGUUAUGAGAUAAAUGGUCGAAAUCUUCGUGUCGAUUUUGCAGACGGUGGUGAUAAAUCUGGAGGUGGAGAUCGGAAACGUCAUGAGAAUGGAAGUCAAAACAAUCGUACUGGAGGAGCUACUAAUGGUAAUUUUAGAAGCGUGACAGCUGAUGGAGGACCUCCGACGAUGGUGACUGGAGAAAUGGCAAUUCAUGCAAUUGAGUCGGCUAUUGCACGACUUGGACCAGUUAAAUUGUAUGACAUGUUGGUGCAGCUCAAGGAACUUGCGAGACAGAAACCAGAAGUGACAAAGAGUAUUUUGAUGGCAAAUCCAGCCCUUACACAUGCAAUUGUGCAAAGUUUCAAGACACUACAGAUCUCAAUUCCAUCGUCAACCGAGACACAAGCAGUGCUACUGGCCCCGCCUCCUACGAUGCACCAACCACAACCGAUGACAGGAAGGAUAAUGCCACCUCCAUUAUGUCCACCAAUGGGUGGAUCGAUGGGACCAGGUCCCGGGAUUCUAGGGACGGCUCCACCAGGUGUCCAACAGACAAUGAUGGCUCCUCAUCCUUCUCCGCCAGCACCGGCCAAGUCUGGUGGUACCCGAUGGAGUGCACGACCCGGACCCUUGGCUACUCAGUCGACGAGUGCUGCCAUGGCUAGUAGGCCUGCCAUUGGUGGUGUCUCUGCUUCUAGCCCCAAGCACGCUCAGCCUCAACCAGGUUUAAUGCCUACCCCAACUGGACCUCCACAGUCAAGUGGACCUCCCAGCAGUAACUUGGCACAUGCAGGUCGCGACCCUCGACGACCAGGAAGAGACCCGCGUUUGGCUAAGAGACCAUGUCCCGCUGACGAAGGAAUGAUGCCGACGACGGGGGACCAGGACGCUUCGAAACGUGCCAAGCUCAGUGGUGCCGAUGGCGACACCGGACAAUUUGACGCUAUCGCCGAACUCGCUCGUGACAUGACCCCGCAAAAAUUGGACAUGCUGCCACCAAAUGAGCGGCAGAUGUUGUUGGCAUUCAUGCAACAGAAUAAUAUUCCGUUUUAA